AUGUCCAACAACCGCUUCCUCAACGAAGACGAUAGUUACUGUAAGGUGCUGGACAUGGCAUUCGACGAAGAGAUUAAAGAUUUCGUAUUCGAAGUCCCCGGAGGAUACCAGUGUCCGUACGAUAAAUCACACGUGAUAAGGGAUAACCGAUUUCCGUAUCACCUGGCGAAGUGCAAACGCAACUACGGCGGCGUACGCUUGCACACGUGCCCUUACAACGCCCGGCACAGGAUGGGCAUCAAGACUUUGAUGAAGCACGUUCACGUCUGCGUAGACAAGCCAAUGGAGCAAAUGCCACCGACGAUGAAAGGAUGCACGACCGUUCCGCCCUACGACGAUGCGACAUGGGAGGCCGAGUAUUUGCACAAGCCAUCGGAGACGAAAAGACGCAACGCCAGAGUUCCUGUUUCGAAAUCGGAUUCGCCCUGCAAGAGUACGGUGGAUUGGUGGACUUUGUAG